GUCAAAUUGACAGUGACAAAUGUGCAUAUGGGUGGGUGGUGGUGUGCAAAUUGAGGUUAUUUUAGUUUGUUUUGUAUUUUAACUGGAAAUUUAAGCAAGAAACAUGAAGUUCAAGCAAAAAAAGUCCACUAAAAGUCUUUCGGAUAAAAUAGCCGAUGCUCUCACAGUUAAACCAAGGGCUGACAUCGAAGACGACCAUGUUUUCGGAACCAAACCAAAAACUUUAUCACGUGCAGAUUUCUCGUCUUCGGAGAGCGAUGACGACAAUGUUAUUAGUGAUUUUCACAAGCGAAACGUAAACUUGUUGAGUGAAAUUAGUAAAAAAUAUGAGGGUAAAGUGGUGUCCCGAAAAGACCUCGAGAAAGAAGACUCGGAAAGUUCCAUUGAGGAUUCAGACGAAGGUGACCAAGUGACCUCCACACAGUCACCUGUAAAAGGUAAUAAUGGCCUACAAUCUACUGAAAACUCUCAAGAGAGCUCUGGCGAGGACCAAUCAUCUGAGAACCAAGAAAUUACUGAUGAAUCUGAUGAAGAUGAGGAUGGUGAAAGUGAUGAUUACAGUAUAACAAAUAUUCGCAAGCAAAUGCAGAAAUCUAGCGACGAAGAAGGUUCUGGAGACGAAGAAGAAGAUGAUGAUGAUGACGACAAUGAAGGUUACGACAUCAGUCAAAUGGAAGAGCCAAUGGAGGAGCCAAUAGAGCAUUUCAAAAAGCAAAAUGUUUCGGAAGAAGCAAAAAAGGGUGCUUGUGUCCGGAACCAGCUGCUGCUGUGGGAGGGUCUACUGGAGAUGAGGAUCCACCUGCAGCGCUGCAUCAACACCGCCAACCAGAUGCCGAUGCCCGACACAUACACCGAGUUAAUGAAGAACCAGCAAUUUGCAGACGAAGCUUAUGUCACUAAAGCUAAUGUUUCAUCUGCUCUUGACAAGAUGCUAACUCUGCAGAGCAUGCUACUAAAAAGUUUCCCUGAAACAAAAAACAUUGGUCCAGAUACCAAAUUGCAGAAACAGGAAACGGCUAAAUCCACUGAAAGUGAUGAAGAAAUACCCAGUGAUACAGAAGAUGAAGAAAUCCCAAGCGACACGGAGGAAGAUGAAGUUGCUGAAGAGAAGAAAUCAAAACCUAAAGUCCCAUCAAGUACCAAGAAACGGAAGCUAGAAGACUAUGAAAAUGAAAUAUCAAAAUGUCAUAAAGCAUUCAAGACAUUCAGGGAUUCUACUAUUCAAAAAUGGAAUGAGAAGACCAGGGUGGCCACCGCUGCCAACUUAAAGAAUGCACCGACCAACACCAUCCUGCAACAGAUAUCUUACAUCCUGUCUGACAGAAACAAACUCAUCAGACGCACUCAGUUGAAGCGCUCAGAAUACAAUAUUGUUGGCUACAAACACCAACCUAAAGACCAAGAAGACAAGGUUGAGAACGGUGACAUCAACCCAGUCACUCGAGACAGGAGAGAGGCAGAUGAAUAUAUACCUGAGAUAUUUGACGACAAUGACUUCUACCACCAGUUAUUACGGGAGCUUAUUGAGUGCAAGUCAGCUGAUAUAUCUGAUCCUGUGCAGCUGAGCCGGCAAUGGAUCGCCUUGCAGCAAAUGAGGAGUAAAAUGAAACGAAAAGUGGAUACAAAAGCUACUAAGGGAAGAAAGAUCAAAUAUGUAGUGCAUAAUCAAUUGGUGAACUAUAUGGCUCCCGAGAAAUGUACAUCGUGGACAGACGAGGCCACAAAUGAGUUGUACAGCUCUUUGUUUGGCAAAUUAUUUGAAUACAAUAAUGUGGGGCUCAAUGCAAAUCUGGAGAAUGGAAAAUAAAUUAUUGUAAAUAUUAAAUUGUUA